UGGGGAAUCCAUAAACCCAAGAAUCCAUCUCAAACCACGCUAUCAAAUGCUCAACUUUCUCUCUCUUCGCCGAUCCAUCCAUUACUUCCGCCACCGCCGUCUGCAAAUCUCACCCACCGCCGCCAUUUCCAAACCCCCUUUCAAUCCCCCUCGCCCAUUUUCCACUGUUUCUCCUUCACCUUCCUCCUCCUCCUUCGAUUCCGAGCUUCGUAAGUACCUCGGCUAUGGUGCUCUCGUCAUUUUCUGCGGCGCCGCCACUUACUACUCCUUCCCUUUUCCCGAAAACGCCAAGCACAAGAAGGCCCAGAUCUUCCGAUACGCUCCACUGCCUGAGGAUCUUCACACUGUGUCCAAUUGGAGUGGAACUCAUGAGGUUUGGACCAGAGUGUUUCACCAGCCGGAGAAUUUGGAGCAGCUUGAGCAAGUGGUGAAACAGGCUAAUGAGAAGAAGGCUAGGAUUCGGCCUGUUGGCUCCGGGCUUUCGCCUAAUGGGAUUGGAUUAUCGAGGAUGGGGAUGGUGAAUUUGGCGUUGAUGGAUAAAGUUUUGGAAGUAGAUAAGGAGAAGAAGAGGGUUAGGGUUCAAGCGGGAAUAAGGGUUCAACAGCUUGUGGAUGGAAUCAAGGAGUAUGGGCUUACUUUGCAGAAUUUUGCUUCUAUCCGGGAGCAGCAGAUUGGUGGCAUCAUUCAGGUUGGUGCACAUGGUACUGGGGCAAAAUUGCCUCCUAUUGAUGAGCAGGUUAUUGCUAUGAAAUUGGUCACGCCUGCCAAGGGUACUAUAGAGAUUUCCAAAGAUAAAGAUCCAGAGCUUUUUCUUCUAGCUCGCUGUGGUCUUGGGGGGCUUGGAGUGGUUGCUGAAGUAACCCUCCAAUGUGUUGAGAGACAGGAACUCGUGGAGCACACGUAUAUUUCAAACAUGAAAGACAUCAAGAAGAACCACAAGAAAUUAUUGGCUGACAAUAAGCAUGUGAAAUACCUGUACAUUCCUUACACCGAUGCUAUUGUUGUUGUAACUUGCAAUCCUAUCUCAAAAUGGAGAGGCCCUCCCAAAUUCAAACCAAAAUAUACAAGUGAGGAAGCCAUACAGCAUGUUCGUGAUCUCUACGUGGAGUCUCUUAAAAAAUACAGUGCCAGUGAGGAAAGAGACAUGAAUGAAUUUUCAUUUACUGAGUUGCGCGAUAAACUACUUGCCCUUGAUCCUCUUAACAAAGAGCAUGUCAUAAAAGUGAAUCAAGCAGAGGCUGAGUUCUGGAGGAAGUCAGAAGGAUACAGAGUCGGAUGGAGUGAUGAAAUCUUGGGUUUUGAUUGUGGUGGCCAACAAUGGGUCUCUGAGACUUGCUUUCCAGCCGGUACUCUUGCAAAACCUAACAUGAAAGACAUUGAAUACAUAGAGGAAUUGAAGCAACUUAUUGAAAAAAAAAACAUACCUGCGCCUGCUCCUCUUGAGCAGCGGUGGACUGCUCGUAGCAAGAGUCCCAUGAGUCCAGCUUCAAGCACAGCUGAGGAUGAUAUAUUCUCUUGGGUCGGAAUUAUCAUGUACCUACCUACGUCAGAUGCGCGCCAGAGAAAGGAAAUCACAGAGGAGUUCUUUCACUAUAGGCACCUCACCCAAACACUGCUAUGGGAUCAAUAUUCUGCCUUUGAACAUUGGGCUAAGAUCGAGGUUCCCAAGGACAAGGAUGAGCUUGCAGCCCUGCAAGCAAGACUUAGGAAACGGUUUCCUGUUGACGAAUACAACAAGGCACGACGGGCACUUGACCCGAACAAAAUUCUUUCAAAUAACAAGUUAGAAAAACUGUUCUCAUCAACAGAUACGGUUUGAGAUGCACAUAUGUUUUUAGUGAUCAAUAAUAAGUCCUGUUAUCCAGUUGGAUAAGCUUUGUUU